AUGGUCCGCCGACGACUCAACAAGCCUAAGGCGGUCAUGGCCAGGGACCGCCAAUUCUGGUCCUGGGCCAGGAUCAGGCUCCCCCGGGAUCAGAAGGACGAUGUGAUAUCGCGUCUGAUGGAUCGGCUCUAUGCCGAGGGUCUGCUCAGCGUGGAUAUGAGAUUGGCUCGUAUCCGGGCCCGGGUAGAUGAGAGUAUUGCGAGGCAAAUCGAGCUGAUGCCUGCCGCUUUCCAUGCUCUGCAUGCCCGUUGGGGGGCGGAAAUGCAGCGUCGGUUUCGACUGAUGGUCACAGCGAGAAAGAGAUAUUAUCUAGCUGCCAGGGAAGGAAGUCCUCGCAGGGGAGGCACUUCUCAGAGAGGUCAAGCCAGCGAGAGAGGAGGAAAUCGGGGUGCGCAACAACAACAACAACAACAACAACAACAACAACAACAACAACAACAACAACAACAGCAGCAGCAGCAGCAGCAGCAGGAGUCUCAACAACGGGAAUCUCAGCAACAAGAAGACGAACAAAUGGAAGAAGAAGAAGAAGAGUUCUCAGAGGCACGUUCGGUGCCAUGGUCCGAUAGCUCGUCAUCUUCUGAUGACGCACCACCGAGAGAGCAACUAUCUCCCAUCCUGGGAUCAUCAACUCCCGAAGAUCCCAGGCCGAUGGACGUAGACCUACCAGCGCCAGCGUUGAAAACACCUCACAGAGCCUCAGCGGGCAAGAUCCAGCUAUUUUCCCCCAACUACGAAACACCAAGAUCUCCAGUCGAUAGUCACGUCUCGGAGUCCUUACGGGCCUCACCAGCCUCGCCUCCCCCCGAGCAAGAACCGGCAGGAAUUUCCGCCACGAAUGAGAUCCAGAACACUCAACCGGAAAUCCAAUCGACGGCGACGCCUAGUCGGGGGGGAGACGAGGUAUCAGAGGUUUCCACGGAGCCGAAGUCUCCUCCAGAAGAUGCAAUGCGUAAGGACCUUGUUUUGGAUGAGGAUUAUGAUGAUAUAUCUACCGAAUCUUCUGCGAAGGAGGUUCCGGGAGCUAGCCAGGUUGAAGAAACCCCUCGUGAAACAGGUCAAUCUAGCGGAGAUCUUGCUGAAGAGCAUCCCGAAGAGCACCCCGAAGAGGUACGACCUGAAGAGCACCCUGAAGAGGAGCCAUCCCAAGAAGCGCAAUCACAGCAUCGACACCCCCCUAAAGAUGAUCUUCCAGAUUAUACCUCAGACGACUAUGAGGCCGAGCAGAAGCGUAACCCAAUUACACCACGAUCCCAAGGACAAAUUGAUCAAAUGCCAUCUUCCUCGUAUAGCCAAGAACAAUUCACCCAGUAUCGCCAAUCUGGAUACAGAUCACCAUCCAGCGGUUCGAUCACCGAGAAAGAUAUUCCCUCAGAAGACUCUGAGGACGAUAUACCAUCAGCUCACCUACCCUCUGCCGGUCCCGGGUUCCAUAUCCCAAACCUCUACGACUCAUUCUCGGAAGAUUUCCUGGACGAUGAACCCCCAGUCAACGUACCUUCCACUGGUUCAGCGCUCCCUAGCCCGAGCACCGUUCCCCGCGAUUCCACCACUGCCACCUACAAUCCAUCCUCGGAAGCCUCUCAUACCGAUAGACCACCAGCUCACGUACCCUCCACUGGCCCGGCAUCCUUUGACCCGAACGCCUUCCGUGACGAGCUCAUCAUCGUCGAGAACAGCUCAGGAGAAAGGACCAAGUUCAUGGUCCGCGAGAUUGCCUCCCUGGCACCUAACCAUAUCGACGACAGCCCCGUCCCCAUUCAAAGUAUCCGCUUCAAUCUGUUCCUGGAAAUGCUGCGAUCUCUGAACUAUGACCCGGAGCGUCAUCAGAUCUACUGGAAUGGCUCGAAGAAUGAAGAGAUCGUCCGUUCAGGGAGUGGUGUCGUCGCUGCGAUGCUGGUGGCGCAGCUUCACGAAAUGCAAAUCAGGUUCUUCCUGAGGGAGAAACGUCAAUAG